ACAGCCCUGACCGCCCCUCACAGCCCUGACCGCCCUCACUAUCUCGACCGCCCUCACAGCUGGCGGCUGCUCCGCGCAGGCGCCGCUGCGGUGCUUCCGGCAGCGCUGCCCUGGAUGGCGGAGCCGGGGGCUGGAGGGGCGGCGGAGCCCGGGGAGGCAUGGACGGAGGAGCCGGAGGAGCCCGAGGAGCCCGGGGAGGCAUGGACGGAGGAGCCAUGGGGUAGAUGGACGGCGGAGCGGCGGCGGCAGUGGGUGCCGGGCGGGCGCUGGCUGGCGGCCGUGCUGCCCCUGCUGCUGGUGCCGCUGCCCUGCGCAGGCCAGAGCAGCCUGCCGAGCCCAGAGGACGUGCAGGUGCACGUGGUGAACACCAAUUUCACCCUGAGCUGGGAUUGGAGGGGCAGUGACCCCAGGGUGACAUUCUCAGCCCAGUUCCAGUGGCCGGAGCUGGAGGACACGGGCUGGCAGGAGCUGCCAGGGUGCCAGGCUGUGGCUGGCACAGGCUGUGACUUCUCCUCGGCCAUCUCGGAGUACUACGAUGCCCACUACGUGCGCGUCAGGGCCCAGGCGGGGCCGCUGGUGUCCCCGUGGUCCCGGGUCCUGGAGAUGGUUCCAGAACAAGUCGCUCAGAUUGGUCCACCAGGACUGGAAUUGCAGUCCACAAAUGGAGUCAUAAAAGUUAUGGUUUCCCCUCCAGAAGCAAAUCAGAGGAAAAAAAUGUGGAUCAAUGAUCUGAGUUUUAAAUAUAACCUGGUCUUCUGGGAAAACUCCUCACACACUCAGCUCCAGAGCAAAACCAUUUUCCCUGUGGACACCAUUGAUGACCUUGCCCCAGAGAGCACCUAUUGCUUCAAAGUCCAAGCAAACCUCCCCGGGGAGGGAAAGCAAGGCUUGUUCAGCCCCACCAGCUGUGUGAAAACCACCCAGAAAGCAGUGAAGGACCUCCUGUGUGCCACCAACCUGAGUGUCCUGGCUCUGAACAUGAAAUUCCACCUGCUCUGGAGCAGCCAGGAGAGUCAGGAUGUGACCUACAACGUGCAGUACCUGCUGGGCUACUUGAAGAGGCUCAAUGAUGAUUACUCAGACAAGUGGCUCAGUGUGCCCAGGUGUGAGAACAUCACCAGCACCUGGUGCAACUUCUCCUCCAUCAUCACCACUGGGUUUUAUUACCUGCGAGUGCAGGCCAGGGAGGGACACAACAAAUCCUGCUUCUCCAGGGAAGUCAAAGUGGAUCCUCUGAAAACAAAUGAAAUUGGCCCUCCUGGUGUAAGGCUGGACCUCAGUGACACUUUGCUCCACAUCCUCAUUUCUCCUCCAGGAGGAGCUGAGAAUGAAUUCAUGAGGGACCAUUAUGACUUGUCCUACAGGAUCCUGUACUGGAAGAAUUCCUCAGAUAUGAAGGAGGAGGUGAAGCAGAAGGAGGUGAAGCAGACCAUAGCCACAGUCCCUGAUGUGUCCCCCUCCAGCCUGUACUGUGUCAGGGUGCAGGCCUUCUCUGAGCCCUACAACAAGAGCAGUGCCUACAGCCAGCAGGAAUGCAUCCACACCCCUGCAGGUACACCUUUACCUCUGAUGAUUUUUGGGAUUUUCAUGGCUGCCCUGCUGGUUGUCCUGCUGGUGGUCACUCCUCUUAUUUUUGUGCUCUGCCAAGUCUACCACAAAAUCAAAUACGUGUUCUUCCCCUCCUGCCAGCCCCCCCUGAACAUCGAGGGAUUUGGAGCACAGCCCUUCAGCAGCCCCUACCUGGCAGCUGCAGCAGAGGAAUCAGUGGAGAACUGCUGUGUGAUUGAGUCCAUGGUCACAGAGGAGGGCACUCACAUUGUCUUCACAGACUACAAACAUUCCAGCCAGAGCAGCCGGGACUCGGGGAACUACUCCAACGAGGACAGCACCUCUGGGAGCAAAGGGUCCAAGGAAACACUGGGAAAGGAAACAGUGUAACUCUGGGAGAGCAGAACUCCUGUGUGGGAUUGUCAGCUUCACAAACACUUCAGACCUCUUUGUGAUGGAAGUCCCAGCCUGGGGGGGACACUGGGACCUUUGGGAUCCCCAGGGGACACUGGGACCUUGGGGAUCCACAGGGGACACUGGGACCUUUGGGAUCCUCAGAGGGACACUGUGGCCUUUGGGAUCCCCAGGGGACACUGUGGCCUUUGGGAUCCCCAGGGGACACUGGGACCUUGGGGAUCCUCAGGGGACACUGGGACCUUUGGGAUCCUUAGAGGACACUGUGACCUUGGGGAUCCUCAGGGGACACUGGGACCUUUGGGAUCCUCAGAGGGACACUGGGACCUUUGGGAUCCUCAGGGGACACUGUGUGACCUUUGGGAUCCUCAGAGGGACACUGGGACCUUUGGGAUCCUUAGAGGGACACUGUGACCUUUGGGAUCCUCAGGGGACACUGUGACCUUUGGGAUCCUCAGGGGACACUGGGACCUUUGGGAUCCUCAGGGGGACACUGUGACCUUUGGGAUCCUCAGGGGACACUGUGUGACCUUUGGGAUCCUCAGGGGGACACUGGGACCUUUGGGAUCCUCAGGGGACACUGUGGCCUUUGGGAUUGCUGGGUUUGGGUGCCCAGAGCUGCCCUUGCUGGGGGAGCUCCCCAGCCCUGGCUGGGAAUGACCCCAGUGUCCCCACCCCAGCCAGGGCUGUCCCUCUGCACCAGGAGCAGCUUUGGGCCCUUCUCUACUUGAAGCUGUGAGCUGAGCAGAACCUGCCAGCUCCAGCAGAGUUCUGUUCUGUGUGGGGUCACUCCCACGGUGUUUACACGGCCUGAGGGAAUCCAUGCUGGGCACAGCCCUGUGGGAUCUGCACUUCCAGCCCUGCUUGGCUCAGCAGGUCCAGAGCUGAGGGUGCCAAAGGAGCCAGAGGAGCAGCCGUGGGGAGCCUGGGGUUCCUCACAGGGUUCCUCACAGGGUUCCUCACAGGGUUCCUCAUGGAUGUGUCUGGGAAUGUUCCCAGUGCUCUUUCCAUGUCUCACUCCCUGUCCCUGGAAUGUCCCAGGCCAGGCUGGAGCCUGGGGCUGGAGCAGCCUGGCACAGAGGCAGGUGUCCCUGCCAUGGCAGGGUGGGUUGGGAUGAGCUCUCAGGUCUCUCCAAACCCCUUCUGGAGUUAGAGGACCCUGGUGGGAUUUGGGAGAUGCCUUUAGCAGAGGGCUGAGCUUGGCACUCAGAGCUUUUGCUGUUUUGCCAACAGACUUUUCUUUGGACAAUCAGGAUGUGCUGCAGUAACAUUUCAGUUUUCAUGUUCCAUGUUUUCCAUGCUGACUCCACUGUCUUCCAGAGCCAUUUUUUUUAAGUACCUUAUUUUUUUAUGAAGAAACUGCUUCGGAGUCAGCUGGGUCUGAGCAUCCCAUGGACUGCUGUUGUUUGUUCUGUCUAGGAACUCUUGGUGUUUAUAUAUCCUUCAUUUUUUAAUUUUGAAGAUACUACCUAAUUUUAUAAAUUUCCUAUCCCUGUGUUCAUUGAAGAACAUAAUAAAUUUUGCACUUUUGCUUCUUA